AUGGCUCAGAUUCAAGUUCAGCAUCAGCCUCCGGUGACCGGACCGAACGGCGUCGCCGCCAACGCCGGUGGCGCUCCGGGCCAGUUCGUAUCGACGUCGCUGUACGUUGGGGAUCUGGACCAGAAUGUGACCGACUCGCAGCUUUACGAUCUGUUCAACCAGGUCGGCCAGGUCGUGUCGGUGAGGGUCUGCAGAGACCUGAGUACUCGCCGAUCUCUCGGCUAUGGCUACGUCAAUUAUAGCAACCCUCAAGAUGCUGCGAGGGCACUGGAUGUUCUGAACUUCACUCCCCUGAACAACAAAUCCAUCAGGAUUAUGUAUUCUCACCGGGACCCUAGUAUUAGAAAGAGUGGAACCGGAAAUAUAUUUAUCAAGAAUCUGGACAAGGCAAUUGACCACAAAGCAUUGCAUGAUACAUUUUCUUCUUUCGGAAAUAUUCUUUCUUGCAAGAUAGCCACUGAUGGCACUGGCCAGUCGAAGGGCUAUGGUUUUGUGCAGUUUGAUAGUGAAGAAGCUGCUCAGAGUGCAAUAGAUAAGUUAAAUGGCAUGCUGAUUAAUGAUAAGCCAGUAUUUGUGGGACACUUUCUUCGCAAGCAGGAGAGAGAUGGCGCUUGGAAUAAGACAAAAUUCAAUAAUGUCUAUGUGAAAAAUAUAUCAGAAUCUACAACAGAAGAUGAUUUGAAGAAAAUUUUUGGUGAGCAUGGACAAAUUACCAGUGUUGUAGUGAUGAGGGAUGGGGAUGGCAAGUCAAGGUGUUUUGGUUUUGUCAACUUUGAGGAUCCAGAUGCAGCUGCGAAGGCUGUUGACAAUCUGAAUGGAAAGAAAUUUGAUGAGAAGGAGUGGUAUGUUGGGAAAGCCCAGAAAAAGUAUGAGAGAGAACUUGAACUGAAGGAGAGAUUUGAGCAGAGUAUGAAGGAAGCUAGCGAUAAAUUUCAAGGUGUCAAUUUGUAUAUCAAAAACUUGGACGAUAGCAUUAGUGAUGAAAAACUGAAGGAAUUAUUCUCAGAGUAUGGUACGGUUUCUUCAUGCAAGGUUAUGCGGGAUCCUGAUGGAAAUAGUAGAGGUUCUGGUUUUGUUGCCUUUUCAACUACUGAAGAAGCAUCUCGAGCUCUUGCUGAGAUGAAUGGCAAAAUGGUUGUUAGCAAACCUCUGUAUGUUGCACUUGCCCAAAGGAAAGAAGAGAGAAGAGCAAGAUUGCAGGCUCAGUUUUCUCAAAUGAGGCCAGUUGCAAUGGCACCUUCAGUGGCUCCUCGUAUGCCAAUGUACCCUCCUGGUGCUCCAGGUCUAGGACAACAAUUUUUGUAUGGGCAGGCACCUCCAUCGAUAAUUCCUCCACAAGCUGGAUUUGGUUACCAACAACAACUUGUGCCUGGAAUAAGGCCUGGUGGUGCUCCAAUGCCAAACUUCUUUGUUCCAAUGGUCCAGCAGGGUCCUCAGGGCCAACGCCCUGGAGGUCGACGUGGGGCCGGUCCUGUGCAACAAAACCAGCAGCCAGUCCCAAUGAUGCAGCAGCAUAUGCUUCCUAGGGGACGCGUGUAUCGCUAUCCACCUGGUCGCAACAUGCAGGAAGUUCCAUUUUCGGGAGUUCCCAGUGGUAUGCUUUCAGUACCAUAUGACAUGGGUGGCAUCCCAAUGCGAGAUGCUGCAGGAGGGCAGGGUGUUCCGGCCUUGGCCACAGCCCUUGCAAAUGCUUCAACUGAGCAGCAAAGGACGAUGCUUGGUGAGGCUUUAUAUCCCCUAGUUGACCAGUUGGAGCACGAGUCAGCAGCUAAGGUGACAGUCAUGCUUCUGGAGAUGGACCUGACUGAAGUUUUGCAUUUGCUCGAGUCACCGGAGGCUUUGAAGGCAAAAGUGGCAGAGGCCAUGGAGGUCCUGAGAAAUGUUGCCCAACAGCAGACUAACAGCAGCGCUGAUCAACUAUCUUCAUUCUCUGAAUGA